CUCCUUCCUCUCUCUGACGGAGCGCUGCCGACGGAGAGGAGAUCAGAGAGUAUAGCGCCGGUCAGAACAGUGAGAGCACAUCAGGGCCAUGUGGGCCAUCGCAGUACUGGUGUGUCUUGUCGCCUUCUACGUCUGCAAGAGGAUUCGGAAUCAUUCUAGCAAGCUGCCGCCAGGGCCGUUCAACAUCCCGCUGCUGGGCAGCUGGGAGUUCAUCAAGCUGUACCUCUGUGACGGCGAUAUGGCGCGCAUGUACGAGCGGCUCGGCGCCCGCUACGGACCGGUCGUGUUUCUGCGCGUGGCCAUGGACACGCCGGUGGUGGCCAUCCGCACCAACGAGACCAUCAAGGCAAGUCGCGAAGUGCCACGCACGCGUGACUCCAAGGAAAAGUGA